UCAUGCGCUCAUUGCCGCGCUCCGCCCCCGCCCCCCGCCCCACCGCGUCGCCCAGGGUAACGGCUUCGGGGUGGGAAGGGGGCUGCGAACAACCGCAGUGGCCUGCGCGGCUCCAUCUCCCAGCGCCCCGGGACCGAAAGGGUAGAAGCUUGGGGUGCUGGGACCAUGAUGAACUCCUCCAAGAAGAAUGAAGUAGAUUUAGAAAAAAGCAUUACCAAUAAAAAAGCAGAGGAAAGCAAGUGGCAAUGUAUCUACCCAAAUGAGAGGAGAGAGAGGAAUCAAGUUUAUACUCUUCUUGACAUCAGCGAGAAUGCAUUUGAACAAGAUGAAAGAUCCUUGGAAUAUGUCAUCAGGACAGGAUGGGAGGAAGCUAGCAGAUGCUGCAGCUCAGAAAGAGUCCUGAUUAGACCGCUUCCUGAUUGGUAUCUCCCCUGCAUCAGCAGCUGUUUGGUCCAUUCCCCUGCAGACAAAGCUGCCAGAUCCUGCCCACCCAGGCCUAGGGAGGGGGUCCAUAGGGAGGCACUGUCUGAGGUCUGUGGCUGCAUCCUGGGCUUCUGCCAGCUGUCCUGCCACCAUGACAGGGAGCGACUCUGCCCCCCACCUCCAGUACAAGGCUGGGGUAAAGCUGCUCCGUUUGCUUGCGUUCAGUUGCAAAAUCAAGCUAAGAAAUCAAGGGCAAAUGAAACCGUCAACAGUUGCCUGUUUUGCUUAGAUAUGAGGCAAACUAAUGACAAAAGUGAGAGCCAAGAAACCAAGACUACAAGAGAUCAAUCAAAAUCUGUUUGCAAAUUAAGCACAUGUGCUGUAGAUGAUACCGUUUCAGAAAAGAAAGAGGUUCCAGUCCAUUCUAGUGAGCCUUCCAAUUGUUCUACAACAGAUGGAACUAAGAGAGAAAGCUGUAAUGGCAAGUUGUGCUCUAUUCAGACAUUUCAAGGUGAAAAGAAAAGUUUGCCAAUAAAGGAAUACAGUAUAUGGCACCCAGAAAAAAUGAAAAACCCAGAAGCCCUGAAAAGUAAAGCUAUAAAGACCCCUGAGUCUACGAUGCCUGCUCCAGAUAGCUCUGAAUCUUCAAACUUAAAGUCUUUGCUGGUAUUGCCACCAGUGAAAGAUGCAACUCCAAAAGAUAGUGCAGAUCCUUCUUUUAAGAAGAAUAAAGCAGCUAUCUCCCAGGCAAAUCAGAAAAUGCUCAAUGCUACUUCAGCUGAGACUGCUUCCAGUAGUAAGGGUACUAAAACAAUAGAACAAAAGGGGGGGAAACAAACUGACUGUAUCAUUCAUGAUACAGUGAAGGAGAAACAAAUUCACGAACCAUCAUCCUUUGUCCCAAAGCUUCCAAAAGCAUCAUUCCUGCAAGGAGGCCCUGAGCAGUUACACUGGCCCUGUGCUCUUUGGCCAGAUAGAAAAAUUAUAACCACUUCUAAUUCUGUUUCUUUGAGAAAGUACAGUCAUCUUGCUAACAUGCAGUUUCUGCAUACAAAAGGAAUACAGUACACAAAACAUGAUGAGAUCAGAGGUCCUUUCACCAACAGUAUUAAAAACAGAAGUCUUUCAGAGGCCAAGCAAGGAAAUGAAUCAAACACACAAGCGGUGCAACUGCUUCCUGGACUAUUCCCUUCCUUAACGGUAAAAGGCUGCUGUAAAGAUGCUCCCUUCACCUGCUACCAAGUACAAAAUAAGUCUAAAAAACCAAAGACAAAGGAAACAGUCACUCACUUACCUCACAUAGAUAUAGCACCAUCUACCAAAAAAGAAUUGUCCCAGGCAACCAAGUCUAUAAAAGAUCGAUCAAAGCCUAAUUGCAAAUUAACUACACAUGCUGUAGGAGAUAGUGUUUCAGGAAAAGAAAAGGUUCCAGUCUGUUGCAGACACUCUCUCAAUUUUGCUCCUAUGACAGAUAGCACUAAAGGAGAAAGGAGUAAUGGCAAAUUGCAUGCUACUCAGACUCUUCAAGGUGAAAAGACUACCAAGAACUUGCCAAGAAACAAGUACAACAAAAGGCAACUGAAAAAGAUCAUAAAAAAAGCCCUGAAAUGUAAAGAUAUGAGCCUGCUACACGUAAGCCAUGGUAAUCCUCAUGAAAGCCUGAGAUGUAUGACCUUAAAGACAUUACUGGUUCUGCUUCAGCUGAAAAAAACAGCUCCCUGUUUGUAUCUAGAACCUUCUGUUAAGAAGAGGAAAGCAAUUUCCAUCCGGGGAAAUGAGAGAAGUCUCAAUACCGCUGCAACUGAACCUGCUUCCUAUAUCAUAGUACUAAAAGCAAGAGGGUGAAAAGUGACUUGUUGACAGCAUGAACAAUACAGAGAUGGAUCAAAUAAAAA